UUGUUUUGUUUUUUUAGAUUCUCGAUAAUCUUCAAAACUGAGGAAAAUGAAUAUACACGAUUCAGAUAUCGAUUUGAUGAUUCACUGCUAAGGAAGAUUGAUAUUGAUUCUCUUGGAGCAGGUAGGAGGGUUCAAGAAACUCAAGAAAAAAGUUCCCAAUUAUUCCAGUACAACCAACAAAAGCGCCAAAACUAAUUGGAAGUUGUCGAGAAACAGAAAAAAAAGUAUUAAAAAUAAAUAUAAAAACUUUGAACUCAUCAUUUAUAACUUUUCAAAUGGCUGAUCAAACAAUUCGAAGACCUUUCGACUUCCAUGACUCAAAUUUAUUGAAGGUAAAAUAAUUCAAUUAGCAAAAAAAAUUGCAAAACAAUUUUUAGGUGAUGAUUCCACAGAAUGUAUCUUGCUGCUUGAUACGGGCCUUAUUUCUAACGAGUUCUGAACAUGCUGAAAAUCGGGCUUAUGAGAAUAAUUAUGUGGAGGAAAAGGUGUCGACGAAAUUGAGAAUAAAUGUGAAUAAUAGGACAACUACAACAAGUGUUCAACCAGCUGAGGUUACACAAUUUCCAGAAACUGGUAGGAUUUUUAUAAUUUUGAUUACUGUAGGUUUGAAGUUCUGUGAUCUUUUGAACUUUGAACCGAAAGAUCUUUGCACCAGUACUUGCUUUGAGUGAACAAUAGAUGUCCUCAAGAAGUGCAUAAAUGAUUUGUGCAAUAGAGCAAACUUGAUUGUUCAUGUUUUAUGUUUGGAAGAAAUCACCGUAAAAACUAGGACACUCUAUAUUUUAUAAGGGCACUCUAAAUUUUAAGAUAAUGUUUUUUAUUUCCAAAACCCUCUCCAAGCACAGGCAUAAAUUUCUGACUUUUUUUCCUGUCGGCUCCGCCCCCUGCCACGAUUUUUUUUUUUUUUUCACGUUUUUAAAAUAAUUUUUUCGUUUUCAUCUUUUUUUCUUCACUAAAUUUCGAAAUUUAAAAAAUCAGAAAUAAUUAUUCAUUGAAAAAAAACGUGCCGCACCUUGCCAAAUAAAUCCCGCCUCCCGAAUCACGCGAGAAUUUGUUUUUUCUGCGACAGGCAUUUCUGAAUUAAAAAAGUCAAGAAUUUAUGCCUGUGCCAAGCCCAAAUCAGUGUUUAUCUAAUUUCCAGUGACAAAAUUAACAAUUCGUUCAACAACCGAAAAACCGAAAACGAAAGGAGUUACAAAAGGAGAAGGUCCACAUCCAUGGAGUGCAUAUACUGUUGGCGUAAACCCGGUGGCUACCAGUACAACUGUUCCAAAAUCUGCUUUGUCUUGGUGAAUUUUAUUCUGAACCUCUAACUAUUUCAACUAAAAUUCAAAAUUUCAGGACGCAUUCGGUGAAUAAAGAAUGGUCGGUUACAUUUGUGAUUUGCUCAAUAAUUGUGUGUAGUUUGAUGUUAUUUUUGAUUCUAUUCGGUGUAUUUAUGUUCUUUUAUUUGAUGACAAAACCGAGGGGCGGGAAGUCUCCAUAUCGUAUUGAUGCUUGA